AUUAAGGAAAUUUCCCCCAAAAAAACAUCACAAUAUUUCCAAACCUAAGCGACAUCGUUUUAGUCCUUCUUCUACCUUCGGCACACAAAACGACCUCACAUUGAAACCCUAGAACGAAAAAAAUCCAAAAAAUUAAUCGCAAUAAUGGCAAUUGCACGAACCGGAGUCUACGUCGACGAUUACCUAGAGUAUGCAAGUACAUUACCAGCUGAGCUUCAAAGACUUCUCAACACUAUCAGAGAACUGGAUGAACGGUCCCAUUCGAUGAUAAACCAAAGUAGGCAGCAAACUAAGUAUUGUUUAGGAUUGGCACAAAGCUCGAAGAAGGGGAAUGGUAGUAAUUAUCAUUAUAAUGGUAUAAACGAAGAGGAUGAUGCUAUAGAGAGAAUGAAGAAAGAUAUUGAGACUAAUCAAGAUAGUGCAUUGAGUUUGUGUACCGAGAAGGUUCUGUUGGCGCGGCAAUCACAUGACCUUAUAGACAGCCAUAUAAAACGUCUGGAUGAGGAUCUAAAUUACUUUUCAGAAGACUUGAAGCUUGAGGGCAAAAUAUCACCAGAUGAGCCAGCAAUUCUUCCCCCGCAACCCAUAAUAGUCCCUAAGCUAGAAAAGCGUAAAUCCUUUUAUGGAACACCUCAAUCAAAAAGGAUUGAGUACAGGGAGAGGGAGUGGGAUCGAGAACGUGACAAAGAUUUUGAGCUCAUGCCUCCUCCUGGAAGUAAGAAGGAUUUCUCUAUCCCUGCUGAUGUAGAUCAGCCCAUUGAUCCAAAUGAACCUACAUACUGCGUUUGCCAUCAGGUGUCCUUUGGAGAUAUGAUUGCCUGUGAUAAUGAAAAUUGCCAAGGAGGCGAAUGGUUCCAUUAUGCAUGUGUUGGUCUGACCCCAGAGACAAGAUUCAAGGGAAAAUGGUAUUGUCCAACUUGCAGACUGCAGCCACAAUCUCAAUGAUAUUUAUGUGCAUGUAUGUAUUUCAUAAUUUCUGUUAUUGUCCAAAGUUGCUCCAUCGCGUUGGCUCUAAAUUGUUAUGAUCGAUCUAGUAGAGCCAAAUUUUGUUUUCCUUGGUCUAUACUCUUCGAUUUUAGUUCACCCGAGCAUCUUUAUCUGAACUUUUAGCAAAAUGGCAUUGCUUUUUUCAGGAUAACUUAUCUAUUUUUAACACCCUAUAGGUGUGUGAAGUGUGUAGUUGUGGAAACAAAGAUGUAUAUAAUGGUAAGUUCCAUUUAUUCCAUUUUGCUACUAA